UGAAAUCUAAAGUGAAUAAGUGUAGACUGGCUCUGAAGGUGUGAUGCAAUUGACCAGUCAACCACCAGUCCUGGAUUCGGUGUUGACAGACUAACAAGCACACGGCGCAUAUCAGUCAGCGACAGCGCAUCGAAUACCGAAGCAAUGGCUCUACGUUUUGUCACCAAUAAGCUAAACCAGUUUCGAUCGGCGACGAAGAUUGGCAAUGUAGCGAAAGCUUCAUUUUCAUCUUCUGGCAAUCAACCGACCUUCAACUGGGAGGAUCCACUGAACUUAGAAUCCCAGCUCAAAGAGGAUGAAAUUGCAAUCCGAGACUCCUUCCGGGUGUACUGCGAGGAUAAACUUUUGUCCAGGGUCAUCACCGCCAACAGAGAUGAAGUCUUCCACAAGGAAAUAAUGAAAGAACUUGGUUCUUUUGGAGUACUCGGAUGUACGAUAAAGGGCUACGACUGUGCUGGCGUAAACAACGUAGCCUACGGUCUACUGACCAGGGAAGUUGAGCGUAUUGAUUCGGGUUACCGAUCGGCAUUUAGCGUCCAAAGUUCGCUCUGUAUGGGUGCCAUUUACGAUUAUGGGUCGGAGGCGCAGAAACAAAAAUAUCUUCCCAAGAUGGCCCGAGGAGAGCUGAUCGGUUGUUUUGGUCUCACGGAACCGAAUCACGGUAGCGAUCCCUCAUCCAUGGAGACAAAAGCUAUCCACGACCCGAAAACGAAGACUUACGUAGUGUCCGGUAGUAAAACAUGGAUUACGAACUCACCUGUAGCCGAUGUCUGCAUCGUUUGGGGUAAAACCGAAGAUGGUAAAGUCCGUGGCUUCAUCAUCGAUCGCGCCGAGAGCUCUCAGGGUCUAUCGACUCCCAAGAUUCAGGGUAAAUUUUCUCUAAGGGCUUCGGACACCGGUAUGAUCUUGAUGGACGAGGUACGCAUUCCGGAGGAAAAUAUUCUUCCAAAUGUAUCCGGUAUGCGAGGUCCCUUUGGUUGUCUGAACAAUGCUCGGUAUGGGAUUGCUUGGGGUGCUCUGGGGGCAGCUGAGUCUUGCCUUAAGGUAGCGCGCGGAUACACACUCGAUAGGAAACAAUUUAAGCGACCUUUGGCUGCCAAUCAGCUGAUGCAGAAAAAGAUGGCUGAUAUGCUGACAGAAAUCAGCUUGGGGUUGGCUGCCUGUUUGCAUUUGGGCCGGCUGAAGGACCAGAAACUACAUACACCGGAGAUGAUUUCGAUGCUCAAGAGAAAUAACGCCGGAAAGGCGCUGGAAAUCGCACGCGUUGCCAGAGAUAUGCUCGGAGGAAACGGCAUUUCCGAUGAGUACCAUAUCAUUAGACACGUGAUGAAUCUGGAAGCUGUCAAUACCUAUGAAGGAACACACGACAUCCAUGCAUUGAUUCUCGGACGCGGUAUUACGGGUAUUCCUGCUUUUUCCUAAACAUGAUCCAAAUCGGGUUUAAUAUUUGUAAAUAAAUCGGAUUGCAUAUUAAUUUUA